AUGGCACAGCAGCAGCAGCAGCAACAACAUGGUGGUCUGGACACCGGUGCCGACAACGACUUCCUCCCGAUCGUGACGUCCGAGACGCACGGUGAUCAGGUCAACACUAUGAAGCUCGAUGAUCAUGCACCGCAGGGCACACCGGCGGAGGCGGACAGGAUCGUGGCCGGCUUCACGCCCGGCGGCCUGGCGCGGACGAUCGCCCUGCCCGCGCCGCGGAUCGUGCGCGACUUCCGCAUGCAGGCCAGCCUCGAGCGCAAGGUCGCGCUGGGCCGGAGCUGCUGGGGCGAGCGGAACUGGAUCGGCAUCUGCGGCGGGGAGUGGAGCGCGGCUUGGGGGAAGGGCACGGUGGUGCCUGGCGGUCAGGACGCCCAGCUCCUCACUGACAACAAGUCUACAUUUGUGGACACGCGCUACCUUCUUGUGACGGCUGACGCUGAGCCGGCGCACAUCAUGGUCCGCACCGAGGGCUGGAGGACGGGCCCGCCUGAGGUCCUUACGCGGCUGCUUGAUCCCGUCGAGGGCGACAAGGUGUCGCCGGACGAAUACCGCUUCCGGAUCUUUAUUCGGCUCGAGACGGGCGAUGAGAGGUAUCGCUGGGUGAAUGAGGGCAUGUGGAUCGGUAGUGGAGUGCGAAGAGGGUUGGAAGGCUACACACCCACAACAAUGGAGAUCGUCGCUAAGCGUGUCGAUCCUCAAAUUGAAAUUGUCCCCUACCAGGCUUCCUGGCCCGUCACAUUUUCCAAUAUUGCAUCUCGCAUUACCUCUGCCCUCGGGCCCGAAGUCAUAAGACUGGAGCAUGUAGGCUCCACAUCUGUGCCGGGGCUCCACGCAAAGCCGAUCUGCGACAUUCUGCUCGAGGUGAGUGAUCCAUCGAAGGAGAACCUAUAUAUUCCGGCGCUCGAAAGCCUUGGGUUCGUGCAUUACUUUCGCCAACCCAAAUGGCACGGACACCGUUUCCUCGCUGUUGAUCAGGCAGAUGUUGAGAUUAAUCUUCACGUCCACCGUGAAAACUGUCAAGUGGCUGCCCAAUUCCUGACAUUCCGCGACUUUCUGCGCGAAAAUGCCUGGGCGCGGGACGAGUACGCCGAGGCGAAGAGGAAGGCAGCGGAUAAUUCGAAUGAUGAGGACGGCGGCCGUGUAAGGUACCAGAUGCAGAAGAGUGCUGUGUUGAACCGGUUAAAAGUUCAAGCGAUCACAGAGACGCCGUCGCCUCCUUGCACUGGCUGUGUUGUUGGUUAG